UACAUUGUGAAAGGGUGGCGCGUCUGAGUAAAAUUGGAAUGGAAAAUGGCUGACAUACAACAAUACUAAAUAGGUCGUAUUAUUGGGUGGUAGCAUGCCUAACUUUCCCACUGUGUGUUUAUAAUGGUAGUAAAUGUAUUAUAGAUUUUUAAUGAUAUCCACAAAUGGGUUGCAAUCAAAGUGUAGAGGAAAGUAGAGCUUCUGCUCAUAGUAAACAUAUUGAUGUGUUUUUAAAAAAAGAUGGUGACAAAUCCCAAAAGGAAGUCAAAUUGUUAUUAUUAGGCGCUGGUGAGUCAGGCAAGAGUACUAUCGUGAAACAAAUGAAAAUUAUACACGACAAUGGCUUUACAGAAGAAGAUCAUCGGCGAUUUAAGCCAGUUAUAUUCAGUAACACGAUCAUGUCCCUCAUUGCAAUGCUGCGGGCUAUGGAAAAACUACGUAUAAAUUUUGCUGAUGAAAGGAGAGGGAGUGAUGCUAAGAUGGUCUUUUUGAUAGCUAACAGUGGUCAAGACACAAUGCCCUUCUCACCAGAACUGACAGAAGCCAUGAAGAGGCUAUGGGUGGACAAAGGUGUACUUACGUGUUUUCGUCGAUCACGAGAAUACCAACUUAAUGAUUCAACCAAAUAUUAUUUAGAUGCAUUAGACAGACUUUCGAAACCUGAUUACAGGCCGACGGAGCAAGAUAUACUUCGAACAAGAGUAAAAACUACAGGAAUAGUAGAAAUACAAUUCACCUUUAAAAAACUAAAUUUUAGGGGAAAAAGAUGGAGAUCCAACAAAGAAAUCAAAAUGAAAUUAUUAGAUGUUGGUGGUCAACGAACAGAAAGGAGAAAAUGGAUACAUUGUUUUCAAGAAGUGACAGCUAUCAUAUUCUGUGCAGCAUUAAGUUGUUAUGACUUAAGACUUGCGGAAGAUGACACAACAAAUCGAAUGGUAGAAAGUUUGAAAUUGUUCGAUUCAAUUGUAAAUAACGAAUGGUUUCUCGCGACCUCUGUGAUAUUAUUUCUUAAUAAAAAAGAUUUGUUUGAAGAGAAAAUACCUUACUCACCUAUUACAAUAUGUUUUCCUGAUUACAAAGGUGGCGUUACAUUCAGAGAGGCAAGCGACUUCAUUAAACAAAAAUAUUUAGAACGAAAUCGUAACGAUGCAAAAGAGAUAUAUGUACAUUUAACUUGUGCCACAGACACUGAAAAUAUCGACUUUGUUUUUAAAGCAGUCACUAAUAUGAUUAUAGCGGCGAACUUAAAGAAAUCUGGACUGACGUAGGCUUGUUUAGUGUAACUGCGGCUAUGUAUGUAUGACGUUCCGCAUAAUGUAAAACAGCCGUUAUGUGCAAGUUAGCAGUGUAUUGUCUUGGAGAGAUUUUUCCAGACCGAAGUGGACUUGAGAUGAAACAAAAAUUACAAUGGAGAGAAUCUGAACCAUAGUUGACAUCAUCGCAAUAUUAGUUACUAUGUUCGGCCAUGGUUCCAUGGUUUCACACCAAAUUGUCAUGCAAAAUUAAAUUAAUUUUUGUUUAAGUUAUCCGUAAAGCAUAAUUAACUCUCGUGUUUUUAAAUUAACACUAAGAAUGUCCUUUUAAAUGUCACCUCUUAAGCGCCAAACUCCUCCUAUAAUUUCUAACGGCUGCAAUGUGAGUCAUCUUCAACCACACUAAUGCACAGUCAGACAUUUUGUAUAUACAUGCAUGCAUGAACCAAUACGUAAACAACACGAGAAAACAAUAUUAAGAAUCCAUGGUCAAUCUUACGAAAAUAUAUUUUAUUUUGUUUACUAACAUGUUUUUAUAUAAUUUGUGUCAUCUCGCACCACCUCGAACUUCCGCCUACAAUAAUUCUUUUUCUUACCAACGUGACUACAUACACAGAAUAUUUUUGUAGUGGAGACUAUUUUAGAGUGCUUCGACAGUCUCAAUCGAAGCUUCGACAGGUGUUAAUUCUUUAAUACAAUCAUUCACCAACCUCGUCAAAGAUUUUCUUUGUUUCCGAGAUUUUGUGAAAUUUUCUGUUUUAACUUUCUGUGCAUAGAAGCUGGAUAUAUUCUUAUUACUUUAUACCACAUAUUUCUGACGAUACUAAACUUCUCCAACUUCUCUCCCAUGUCUUAGUGUUUUUCCUAAGAAAAAGCUGACUGAAAGAUCUGGGGUCGAAGUUGGUUUAUCCUGUGUAAAUUUCGCUGUUUUUUAGCACAGCAUAUAAAUAUUGGAAUUCGCAUCCCCUAUUUCGACACCAGUCUACAUUUUUUUUUACUUUCUGCAUGAAUUUGGGAUUGGUGACGAAAUCGGGAAUUGUUUAAUUAAUAGGUGGAUUUUUUUCUUAAAAAUGUUAAAUCAACCUUGAAAAUGUUGUUAUUCUAUAAUGGAUCCUGUGUAAUACAUUUCAGUUGAAACAUCAUCAGAAGUGUUAAAGCAUGGCGAUUCGAAUUAGGUGCUGUUCGGUGAUCUUUCUGUUUCCAUAGCAAUGCGUUGACAAAAGUAAGGCAGCCCUAAAAUACAUCGCUUUUAUCGUGUUUCUUAUGACAGUUAUAAUAACAUUUUAAAUAAAACAGUUACGUUGCCUGUAUGAAAUUUGACAUAUACAAAGUUUUUAAAAAACGAAACGAUGUAUAUUAUUCGUAUGCCAUAUUCUUAUUUUAUUCUAUUUUGUGGAAAUUGGAAAUAUCUGUGGAACUUCGUCCCUGACUUAUGUAACGAAAUAAUUUGGGGACGAGGUUGAUUUCUGUAUUAUUAGUAGUCUUUAUAACUUUUACUUUUAAUAACGACAUUUAACCGGUAAACGAAAAAAUAAUAUCUGCCAUUUUAAAUAAA